AUGGUGUGGGGUCACGGCUUUUCUUGCGUGACCUUUCACAGGGGACAGCCCAUGGUUCACUUCCCCAACACGGCGUACAAAAUAAAAAUCAUCUUCCUCUGGGCCCCAGCCCAGAUAGAAAGGCCUGAACUCAGAGAAGAAAUUUUUGUGUUUUUCUUUGCUAUGCUUUUUCUCAUGGAGAUAGAGCACUGCCUGCAGCCAGCCAGGCUCAGCUCGAGGAGGAAGAGGCCACCGCACCGCACCGUGGUGAGCACCAAGCAGUCCCCGCACAAAGCCACCACCUGGCAGGACUCCAGGAAGCCCCUGGCCACCAAAGCCUCCCGCAAGAGGGCGCCGCCCCCAGGAGGGAUCAAAAAGCCUCACCGCUACAGGUCUGGCACCCUGGCGCUGCGCAAAAUCAGAAAGUACCAGAAGUCCACUCAGUUGCUCCUGCCCAAGCUGCCUUUCCAGGGCCUGGUGCGCGAGAUUGCCCAGGCCAUCAGCCCCGACCUGCGCUUCCAGAGUGCGGCCAUUGGCGCCCUACAGGAGGCCAGCGAGGCCUACCUGGUGCAACUCUUUAAAGACGCCAACCUGUGUGCCAUCCAUGCCAGGCGCGUCACAAUCAUGCCCAGAGACAUGCAGCUGGCAAAGAGGAUC